UCUCUCGGGAAGUAAGCAUGUGCCUGAGGGGACUGAGGGGGGCAAGGAUGAUUUGUGAAUGCAACAACUUCAUCGCUGACCGUUGGGGCUGGGUGGUGAUAUUCGUCAACUCAAGGUCGAGAGCGAACGUGGCCGAGCGGCCGUUGCUAUCGUGGGCUAAAAAGAACCUGGCCGCCGGCAGAUACUGAGCCUGAUCAAUAACCACGUCCUCAUCACCGUCGUAAUGACAUGGUCGGGCAGGUGCGUUGCGUUGCACGGAUCCGCGUCCCGGCCACUCACGAAGACAUGCGGCGUACAGCACUGCGUGAGGACAAAGAUCGCAGCUGGGUCUCAGAUGGUUGCUUCCCCCACAGACGGCUGCCCCAGGUAUCCUGGACAAGCUCCUUCCCGGUUCAGGAAGUAUUACUGGGUCACCCCAAUGUACCCACGCAUCUACCAGAUGGUCCCGUGCAAGUUCCCAAAUGUUUCGCAACUUCUCCCAGCCAAGCCAUUGAUAGCCAUACCUACAUCGUGCAACCUCCUCGUCUCCUGUCCUUCUCCUUCCUCCGCCGGCCGUUUAUCUAGAAAACGGAUAGUCAGAGUCAGGCCAGCUUGCAGAGCACGCAAUGUCUCGGCUUCAGUCACCGCUUCGGCCAUGUCAGCUGCGCCACGUGCAACUGGUAGCCAUGGUGCCGGCGCGCUUCUGCUGGAGGGAGAGGGGUCUCGAAUGCAUCCAUCGCUCCGAGAGAGCCCGCAAUCUCUCAUGUAUCCCUCUCCGACACGGCCAGCCUCCCUCCCCGCUCUAGGUACCUACAUCUCAGCCCUACGACACGGAGAAAACAGCGUCAGCGAAUGCCCUACCGGUACUCCGUACGUGGCCGGGAAACCAUCCAUACAUCUGCCGCC